AUGCAAAGUGUGUGCAUGUCCAUAGACAUUCCAGAACCUGGCUAUACCUUCUGUCGAGGGAAGUACAAUGGCCAUUAUACCAAUCCCACAAGCAACAUCAAUUUCAUUAACUGUGUCGGUGGAUUGGUGUAUGUGGUGCCCUGCCCUCAUGGCCUGAUCUAUAACAGUGCUUUGAAGACCUGCGUGACUGGUGGCAGCAACCCCAAUCCCAGCUUCUGCACAGGCAAACGUGAUGGGAACUACGCUAACCCUAAAAAUCGUCACAGCUACGUUUCCUGCUCGGGCGGAUUACUUUAUAUUAUGCCAUGUCCCAAUGAUCUGGUCUACAAUGCUGCACGGGACAGGUGUGACUGGGAUUCCAAUGGUGUCCUCCCCACAGUUACUCCAAAGCCCAAUUUCUGCACUGGCAAGCCUGACGGGAAGUACCCUCAUCCCAGCGACCCCAACAAAUACAUUGAAUGUGGAGGAGGAUCUGCCACUGAGCAUACCUGCCCAGCCGGUUACAAAUUCAAUCCUGUAACAAAACGAUGUGAACUCUCUGGCUGUGGAUGUAAUCCUUUCCCAAAUUUCUGCACUGGCAAGCCCAAUGGGAACUACCCAAUCCCAAAUGACCCUGACAGCUACAUCAACUGCCAAAAUGGAAACCCCACUCUGAUGCACUGUCCCGCUGGACACAUCUUUAAUGCAGCUAGCGGCCGAUGUGAGAUACCAGGCUGCACCUGUAACCCACCCACCAACUUCUGCACAGGCAAACCCAAUGGAAACUACCCCAAUCCCAACAACCCUCACACCUACAUCGCCUGCUGCAAUGGCGUUCCUGUCGAAAUGCAGUGCCCUGCUGGACUCAUCUACAACGCAGCUAAGGAUCAGUGUGACUGGCCAGGUUCAUGCCUUCCCAACCCGGGUCCCAAUUUCUGCACUGGCAAACCAAAUGGGAACUACGUCAACCCUAACAAUCCCAACAGCUACAUUUCUUGCUCUAAUGGACUGAUCUACAUCAUGCAGUGUCCUGCCGGUCUUAUCUAUAAUCCUGAUAAGGACUGGUGUGACUGGCCUUCCAGUGGCAACAACCCUGGCACAGGAACACCCAACCCUGGACAAGGCUUCUGCAAUGGCAAACCAAAUGGCAAUUAUGCCAAUCCCAAUGAUCCUCACAGCUACAUUGCCUGCUCCAAUGGAUACACAUAUGUAAUGCCUUGUCCUUCUGGGCUGGUUUACAAUGCUUCCAAAGACUGGUGUGACUGGCCUCCAAAUUCAGGGUCUGGAGGAAAGCCAGAUGACAAUCAGCCAGGCUGUCAAGUCCCCCUGACAUUCUGCAGAAAUAAAAUCGGUGGAAACUACGUCAAUCCCAACAGUCCAUAUUCCUUCAUCAUGUGUUCUAACCACCUGACGUACAUCAUGAAAUGCCCUGUAGGUCUCAUUUACAAUGAUGCCAUUAAAGUGUGUGACUUUCCUACUGCCUCCCCUUAAGGUUGUAUUUUCCAGUCUAAUGCAACUCAACCGAUGUGUUUUUCAAGAUGGACGUUUCUACUAUUAAUGGUCGAUUCACUGUAUAAGCAUCUUAAACCAAAAACCCACUUUGGAAUGCUGGUAGUUUUAAUGCUGUGCUAUUUGUGAAAUGAAAAAGAAUGCACAUGAUUAUGAAGUUUUUGAGUUUUCAGGUGCAAUAUGACAAUUUGAAAUAUUUUUUCUGAC